GCUCCGAUUGGCCCUUGAUCAUCUGCUGCCGUUAUGCCAGUGUAACCAUGCUCACAAGGUUGUGUCAUUAUUUGGUCUGGGGGACUAUUUUCCGCACUUAAAUAUUUCACCUUUGCCAAAUUAGGGUCAGACAAGGUAAUCGCUCUAAUCACUGCCUCUUAUCAUCAGACCGAUUUGUUGACAAGUGCAUCAGAUGUUCAAAGCGGAAAAGUCAACAGAUUUUCUCACUGUGAUUCACGUGAUCAGGUUAAGUCUCGUGAGGUCACGGAUGAGUGAAUCGGGUAGAAAGAUGCAGUGUCCGCGACAUCCAUAUCGGCAAACGUCGGCAGCUGUGAGGACGGGGCGAGCAAGACGGAGACUGAUUGUGCCAUUACUAUGUUGGAGAACAUGCUGGCGGCCAUGCUUGUCUGUCUGUGCGUCACUACAUCCGGGGUAGCUGGAGACAGGCUGUUCUAUGUUGCGGCCACUGAGGAGUAUUGGAAUUAUAUGCCGCUAGGUGGCGACGUCGUCAACAUAGAGAGACUGAAAACCAGCAGUGCGAAGUCGGGACACCAUGGAGAUGGUCUUGUGUUCAAGAAGGCAAUCUACAGAGAGUACACAGACGAAACCUUCAGCACAGAGAAACACAAGCCGACAUGGCUGGGAUUUGUCGGACCGAUUCUGUACGGCGAGGAGGGCGAGUUCAUCAACGUCACUUUCUUCAACAACGCCAGCAGGACCUUCUCCAUGCACCCCCACGGCGUCAUGUACAGCAAACACAAUGAAGGUGCGGCGUAUGCGGACGGUAGCCAUGACAACUACACGACCACACCUCCUGAUAUCGUGGAACCUGGAUGUACCUUUACUUACAAGUGGAAAGUAACGCCCAACUCUAGCCCGUCAGAGGGCGACCCGGACUGUCUGACAUGGCUGUACCACUCCCACGUGGAUACCGCCAAGGACACCAACUCAGGGCUGGUCGGGUUCCUACUGACCUGUAGACGAGGUGCUCUCAACAACACAAACCUCGACCGCCACUACGCCUUGUACGUCACCACCGUGGACGAGUCCAAGAGCUGGUACAUCAACGACAAUGUGAAACACUUCUCUCGCAACAUCAGCACCGAAGAUGUGGGCUUCAGUUGGACGUCCUCCAUCCACGCCAUCAACGGCUACGUGUUCGGCAACCUCCCCGACAUCACAGCCUGUGUUGGAGAAACAGUCACGUGGCAUAUGGCCGGCCUAGGGUCAUCCCAGGAUCUCCACUCGCUGUCCAUCAGUGGCCAUUCUUUCGAAUACUUCCAUCACAGACAGAACACCAUCAACCUGGACGUGGCCCAGUUUUCUACUGCCACCACCACUGCGGUUUCUCCGGGCAGGUGGCGCAUCAGCUGUCAGGUGGCCGAGCAUGCUGCAAACGGGAUGGUAGCCAUCUUUGCCGUCCGGAUGUGCGAUCGUCUGCGAUAUCAGCCGACGUACCUCCGCAACCUCCGCAGGCACUACAUUGCGGCGGAGGAAAUUAUCUGGGACUACGGACCUACAGGCAGAAACUUAUUCACUGGCGACCUCCUCACCGAACAAGGAAGUGAAUCUGAAAAGUAUUUCAAGCGAGACAACCACCACAUCGGUGGAGCGUACAAGAAGGCUGUCUUCAGUGCAUAUGACGACUACAAGUUUAAAGCCAAGAAAGUCGAAGAUGGCCGCUGGAAGCAUAACGGUUUUCUUGGUCCUGUGAUACGAAUCGAGGUUGGAGAUUUGGUUCAAGUCACCUUCAAGAACAUAGCAAGUCGUCCCUACUCCUUGUAUGCUGAAGGCGUGAAGGUUUUGAAGAGCAGUGAGGGAGCCGAGUACAACGACGGCAGUGACGCAACAGCUGACAACAGGGUGCCCCCUGGCGGGACCAUCACAUACUACUGGACAGUACCGGAAGAGAUGGGACCGACGGACAGCGAUCCACAAUGUCUCACGCGGGUAUACACAUCCGGUGUCAACCCCAUUAAAGACAUGUACAGUGGGUUGAUCGGGCCAUUGCUGAUAUGCAAACGAGGAACUCUUAAUGGACGGAACGAGCAGAUAAACGUGGACCGGGAGUUCCACCUGCUGAUGUCUGUGAUGGACGAGAAUGAGUCGUGGUACCUGGACGACAACAUCGACCUGGCCGGGGUGGACGUCAGCUCCACAGACAGCCGCCACUUCUCCGACUCCAAUCUCAUGCACAGCAUCAACGGUCUGAUGUACGGGAACCUUGAGGGGUUGGACAUGUGCGUGGGCGACCGCGUCAGCUGGCACGUCCUCAGCAUCGGCACAACAGUGGACAUCCACUCAAUGUAUUUCCAUGGAAACCCGUUCUCGCGUGUGCACACCCACCGCAUAACCACCUUCCUGAUCCCCGGGUCGAGGAGGACAUUGUACAUGACCCCGAGAUGCUCAGGAGAGUGGGCACUGACCUGUCAGACAGACAACCACUUCAAGGCGGGCGAGAAGACGUUGUAUAGGGUGUCGAAAUGCGCCUCCAGCAGCAUGAAGGAUGAACCCAGUCAAGGAAAGGAGCGUGUAUUCUAUAUCCAGGCGGAACAGGUGGAGUGGGACUACGCCCCCACAGGCCGUGACGUCACGUAUAAUAAACCGUUACCACCAAAAUAUGAAUACAGACACUUCAUGAAGGUGCUUUACCGUGGAUAUACUGAUUCGUCCUUCAAGACACAGCUCAACAGAACAGGGGAGGAAUACCUUGGUAUGCUUGGACCCGUUAUACGUGUAGAAGUAGGGGACACGUUGAAGAUUGUCUUCAGAAACAAGGCGCAUCGAACCUUUUCCAUUCAUCCUCAGGGCCUGGCCGACGGCUCUGGGAGAGCGUCAGUCGGGAGUCGAUUACGACCCGACCAGCCUUCCGUACAACCAGGCCAGGUUCACACGUAUCUAUGGAAGGUUCACAAUGCCUCCGGCCCAGGGAAAGCGGACCCAGACUGCGUCAACUAUCCGUACUAUUCCGACGUGAAUCCAGUGAGGGAUGUCAACUCGGGGCUGGCUGGGGCAGUCGUCGUGUGUAGGCCGGGGACGCUGGGCAGUGAUGGACACAGGUUAGACGUGGACAAGGACUUCGUGAGUUACUUGACCGUUGUAGACGAAGGAAAGAGCUGGUUGGCAGACAAGAACUUGGAGAGAUGUCAAGGACGGUAUGGUGUCAUGGCCGCCAAAUUGGGAAAGUGUGCUCCGGGGUCCUUCUAUGGUACGUGGCAUCUGUGA